CAAACGCAUAUAAAUGGCGGGUCCUGUGCGGCUUCUCCCCGUUGUCUGCUCGAGCACAGGUGACUGAGUUGCGGAGGGGAAGACGAUUAUUGUAAAGGACACGAGGGGGACCGGAGAACAUCUUCCGGAGGUUCGGGUUUGCCCGGAGAAUCCGACACUCCGACAGCUUUCAGCGGCCGUCGUCAAUGGCGGACCCGUCACAUGGGCCGGCGAGCUUCGGGACUCAGGCCAACGCUCUGCUCAGAAAGAACCUCACUUUCCAGAAACGAAAUAUCAAGACGAACAUUCGGCUCAUUUCGUUUCCGUUCAUUCUCUGCUUGCUCCUGGUCCUCCUACAAAGCUUGGUAAACAAUGAGCUAGACAAGCCGAAGAACAACUGUGGCUGCCAAUGCGUUGAUACAAAUGGUGGCGGUCAGUGCCAGAAGCAAUGCGGGAUUCAGUACUCGACUGUGGAUCAAGUCGGGACCUGUCCGAUCGAGAGCCCUCCUAAAUGGCCUCCGCUGAUGCAAGUCCCGGCUCCCCAGUACCGUGCAGUGAGGUCUGACUCUGUUCCGUUUAUGGACUUACCUGAUGAUUCAUGCAGAACCGCUGGGUCCUGUCCUGCAACUAUGCUUUUCACUGGAAGCAAUCAAUCUCUCGGAGAAAUUUUGGCUGGAAACAUGUUUCCUAGUUCUUUCGCUCUGAAUUCUUCCGAUGUUUUCAGUAGUUUAUCCAACAAUCUUGUGGGUUCUUCUUCGUGGCCUGAGCUUCAGAAUUUCCUUGAACCCGCUCUCUUUUCGGAUCUUCCUCUGUACAAUAUUCAACGCCAGUGCUCUCUGAACUCGACAGUUUCUGUGACAAUUCAGGCAUCCUCUGAUAUGCCACAAGUCAAUUUGGAGCUCAGUUGUGUUCGAGGGUUAAAUCUGUGGCGAAAUAGUUCUGCUGCAGUAAAUGAUGAAUUAUACAAGGGUUAUAGGAAAGGGAACCCGGAUAGGAAAAUUAACGAGAUAGUUGCAGCGUAUGAUUUUUUAAAUACGGAUGACAAUAACUUCAACGCGAGCAUAUGGUUUAACUCUACGUAUGAGAACGAUUCUGGCAAUAACCCAAUGGCAUUGUUGCGUGUCCCACGGUCUGUAAAUCUGGCAUCAAAUGCAUACCUUCAAUUUUUGCGAGGAUCAGACACCAAAAUUCUCCUUGAGUUUGUCAAAGAAAUGCCGAAGCCCCAAACUAAACUCAGGCUUGAUAUAUCUUCUUUGCUUGGCACCCUCUUCUUUACAUGGGUUAUUAUACAGCUAUUUCCCGUUAUCUUGUCAGCUUUAGUUUAUGAAAAACAACAGAAGCUGAGGAUCAUGAUGAAGAUGCACGGGCUUGGUGAUGGGCCAUAUUGGCUGAUUUCUUAUGCGUACUUUCUCACCAUAUCAGCUCUCUAUAUGCUAUGUUUCGUGAUUUUUGGUUCAGUUAUAGGCCUAAAAUUCUUCACAUUGAAUGACUACAGCAUCCAGUUCGUAUUUUACUUGAUCUACAUCAACUUGCAGAUAGCUCUGGCCUUUCUUGCGGCAGCAUUUUUCUCGAACGUCAAGACUGCUACAGUGGUGGGCUACAUAGUUGUCUUCGGGACGGGGCUAUUAGGAGGCUUUCUUUUCCAGUUCUUCGUUCAAGAUGCAUCAUUUCCAAGAGGUGGGUUAAUUGCGAUGGAGCUAUAUCCCGGCUUCGCUCUGUACCGUGGGCUGUACGAAUUUUCUCAGUAUUCAUUCAACGGGAACUUUUUGGGAACUGAUGGCAUGCGAUGGAGUGAUUUAAGUGACAGUUCCAAUGGGAUGACGGAGGUCUUGAUCAUCAUGACUGUCGAGUGGUUGCUGGUGCUUUUACUUGCGUACUAUAUCGAUCAAUUGAUAUCAUCAGGGAGUGGAAAAGGUCCUCUUUUUUUCUUGGAAAAAUUCCGUAAAAGGAAACCAUCAUCCUUUCAGAAGCCUAGCUUUAGAAGGCAGGGGUCUAAGGUUUUUGUUCAGAUGGAGAAACCUGAUGUCAGUCAAGAGAGGGAGAGGGUUGAGAAGUUGCUGGUUGAAUCAAGCACGAAUUACUCGAUCAUCUGCGAUGACCUUAAGAAGGUCUACCCGGGAAGGGAUGGGAACCCUGAGAAAUUUGCAGUCAGAGGAUUGUCUCUUGCUCUACCUCGAGGGGAAUGCUUCGGAAUGCUUGGUCCAAAUGGAGCAGGCAAGACCUCCUUCAUCAAUAUGAUGAUUGGCCUUACGAAACCAACAUCCGGAGCAGCUUAUGUUCAGGGGAUGGACAUAAGGACACACAUGGACAGAAUAUAUACGAGCAUGGGCGUGUGUCCGCAGCACGAUCUCCUCUGGGAAACUUUAACAGGAAGGGAGCACCUUCUCUUUUACGGAAGACUCAAGAAUCUAAAAGGUCCAGCCUUAGAACAAGCAGUAGAAGAAUCUUUGAAGAGCGUGAACUUAUAUUAUGGAGAUGUGGCCGAUAAACAAGCGGGGAAAUACAGCGGAGGCAUGAAACGGAGGCUCAGUGUCGCAAUCUCACUUAUCGGAGAUCCCAAGGUUGUUUACAUGGAUGAACCCAGCACUGGAUUAGACCCUGCUUCAAGAAACAACUUGUGGCAUGUCGUGAAGCGUGCCAAGCAAGAUCGAGCUAUUAUCUUGACUACCCAUUCAAUGGAAGAGGCCGAGGUCCUAUGCGAUCGAUUGGGAAUUUUUGUUGAUGGGAGUUUGCAAUGCAUUGGAAAUCCGAAAGAGCUGAAAGCGCGAUACGGAGGAUCUUAUGUGUUCACCAUGACAACAUCCUCAACUCACGAGGAAGAGGUGGAGAACUUGGUGAAGGGUCUGUCCCCUACAGCAAAGAGGAUUUAUCAGAUAUCGGGAACCCAGAAGUUCGAGCUCCCAAAGCAGGAGGUCAGAAUCUCGGAUGUGUUCCAAGCAGUUGAGAAUGCUAAGAGCCGGUUCACGGUCUAUGCUUGGGGCCUGGCUGACACGACCCUGGAGGACGUCUUCAUCAAAGUAGCCCGUGGGGCCCAGGCGUUCAAUGUUCUCUCGUGAUAAAUACAGCAAGAAUGUAGAAGCAAUACUCCCGUUUGACUCCGGUUUGAAGUUACCUUUCGAUUCAUCAUCGGUUAGUAUUACAGUCACAGAUUUAGGCAGGGCAUACACGUACUGUUGUAUAGGGAAGCGUUUGUUGUACUCCUUGGACAUGCAUGUAUGAAAUAAUAAGAAAAGGCUCAUUUACACCAUUCGUUCA